CGCACCAGCGCCGCCAUGGCCAGCGAGGGGGAGUCCGGCCCCCAGCGCCGCCGCUGCUGCACGCAGGAGGCCCCCGAUGUCCCCAAGGCCACCGAGCCCCAGGGUGACAGCGACAGCCGGGGCUCCCUCUGUGACCGGCACUGCGCUGCCAUCAACAACGUGCAGGGUGACCUGGGUGACCUGGGCUGUCACCUGCACCGUCCCCGUGUGCCCCCAGCUGUGUCCCCCCUGUCCUGCUGCCAGCAGCACUCGGAGGAGGUUUGCGAGAGCUGCGUGGUGAAAACCACCCUGACGGCUGAAAACGCCGUGGAGGCCAACAAGCUCUCCAACAACUAUAAGUUUGGCUUCAAGAAAUGGAAGAGCCACGUGACGGCGCGGCCCUGGGAGGACCGAUCGGAGAUCGUCAAGGAGCUCUACUCCGACCUCAAUGUCAUCCGUGGCUCUGGAGGGUCCACGGUGACGUGUGGGAACAUCCUCUACCUGCUGCUCUUCGGCUGGUGGCUCUCGCUCCUCUACGUCCUCGUGGCUGCUGUGAUGUUUGUCACUGUUGUGGGGGCUCCUUAUGGGUGGCUCUGCUGGGACCUGGCCGGGUAUUUCCUCUGGCCCUUCGGCAAAGUGAUCCAGAAGGUGGAGGUCUCCAAGUCGAGCCGGGUGCUGGGUGCGUGCGAAGCCGGCGCGGGGGAGAGCUCAGCCCUGCUCGGGGGCCCCGUGCCGCGGCGCUGGCGCCCGUGGUGCUGGGUGGACACCGGACACUGGCAGCGUGCCGGUGCCGUGGCAUGGCUGUGCCUGGGCUACCCGGUGCUGGUGCUGGCCCAUGGGCUGGUGUGUGUUGCCGCGUGGCUCCUCAUCUUCCUCAUCCCUGUGGCCAAGCUGAGUGCCCGCGCAGCCGCCCGUGUCCUGCUGCUGCCCCCGGAGCAGGUGCUCGUCCGGCGUCUGAGGAUGACGGAGGUGCCGCUGGAGGGGGAGGUGAUUCUCUGCUGCUACCGCGCUGUCAACCCCUACUACUACAAAUACGCUGUGGAUGGGAUCAACGUCUUCGCAAUGGACAACAACGGCACUCUCUACUACAGUCAUGUCCAACCCCUGGUGUACACAGUGUCCCUCCUGCUCCCCGCCGCCUACCUCAUCGGCCUCUUCUUCACCCUGAAAACUCACUCGCACAUCUACGACAUCCACAUCAGCGACUGUCACAUGCCUGGCCAUCACCACAGCGCUGUGGUCCACUGGUCUCGCUGGCGAGCCCUGGUCAUCCUCCUGCUCUCCACCCUCUGCAUGUCCGCCUGUGCCGACCUGGCCACGGAGCACAUCAGCCCCAUCCUCACCAACUCCACCAUCUCGCAGUACUUCAUUGGUGUCACCGUGCUGGCAAUGGUGCCUGAGCUGCCAGAGAUUGUCAAUGGCAUCCAGUUCGCUCUGCAGAACAACCUGAGCUUGAGCAUCGAGAUCGGGAACUGCAUCGCUGUCCAGGUCUGCAUGCUCCAGAUCCCCAUCCUGGUGCUCUUCACCAUCUUCUAUCCCACCAACUUCACACUUGUCUUCAGCGACCUCCACGUCUAUGCCAGCAUGUUCAGCGUGGUGCUCAUGAACUACAUCUUCAUGGAUGGCAAAUGUGACUAUUUCCAAGGCACGGUGCUGGUGAUGGUUUACUUCAUCCUCCUGGCUGUGUAUUUCUUCGCCCCAUCGCCCAGUGGUUGCUGAGGUUUGGACUCUUUCUCCAACCCUCUCGUUGGGUUUGGUGCCUGUCACAGCAUUAUCCAGUGUCUCAGGGACUCGGCCGGGCUUGCUCCGGGCUGGAAGCGUCGUUUGCUGAAGCUGCUGCUGCUGCCUGGCUCUCCCAGUGGGAGAAGCCAACGGGGCUUCAGGGAUGGGAAAGGUGGUGGCAACCAAAGCACUCCUGAACCAAGAAGGAGCCUCAGCACCUGAGCACUUCACAGAGGUUUUUCCAGCCUGCACAUGUGUGGCUGGGAGGAGAACUGUCCCUAGUUUUGGAGGGUCUUGAAGGGAGUUUCUGUCUGGUCUCAAGGACAGACCCCUCCCCUGGGAUGUGUUGCACUGGGAGAAGGUGCCUGAGAAGAACCUCUCUCCCUUCGGGGCAGUGGGUGAUCCUGAGCCUGGAAGGGACUUGGCUCUGGGGAUCAUACAAGGCUUCUUGAUGGUACUAGAAAUGCACUAAAAGGUUAUU